AUGGAAAUAGAUAUGUUACAUUUUGAAAAAAAAUACCCAAAUUUCAUUUUAGCUGGCAUAGAAGAAGCUGGCAGAGGACCAUUAGCCGGACCAGUAGUAGCUGCCGCUGUUAUAGUAGAUCAAGACAAUAUUAUAGCUGGUGCUAAGGAUUCUAAAAAGCUCUCUAAAAAGAAGAGAGAAUUACUAUAUGAACAGAUAACUGCUAAUUACAUUUGGGCAACCGGUAUUAUCUCACAUACUGAGAUUGAUAAGAUUAAUAUAUUAGAAGCAACAAAAAAAGCUUGUAUUAUUGCUGCAGAAAACCUUAGCACUAAGCCGGAAAUAGUUUUAGUUGAUGGUAACAUGCAAUUCAGCGAUAAAAGAUUUAUCAGCAUCAUAGACGGUGAUAAUUUAUCACUAUCAAUUGCUGCGUCUUCUAUUAUAGCAAAAGUUACUAGAGACCGAUUAAUGCUAGAAUUCAGUAAUGAAUUCCCGCAAUAUUUAUGGCACAAAAAUUCAGGUUAUGGCACAAAAGAGCAUGCUCAGGCUAUAAAAAAAUAUGGCUUAUCCCCUUAUCAUCUCCUAAGUUUUACUAAAGCCUUAUAUAAAUAA